UCAAAGAAAUAGCCAGACAAGCCUCUUUCCUUGUAGGAAUAAUUAUCUUCUUCUUUCACCAUGGCCCACCUGGGAGCCCAUUUUGCCUUUAGAUCUCGCUGGCAUAAGACCGAUGAUGAACUCUGUCGACAUAGCAUGUCCUUUAUCCUUCACAAAGCUAUUCGCAAUGACUUCUUUCAGAGCUAUCUCUACCUGCUGGAAAAAAUAUCGCUGGUGAAAUUGUAUGCUUUGACAAGCCAAGUUAUCAAUGGUGAGAUGCAGUUCUACGCCAGAGCUAAACUUUUCUACCAAGACGUACCAGCCACAGAAGAGGGUAUGAUGGGAAAUUUUAUUGAACUCUCCAACCCAGAUCUCCAGGCCUCUCAGAAAUUUCUUAGGAAAUUUAUUGGGGGUCCUGGGAAAGCUGGAACAGACUGUGCCUUGGAUUGUGGCUCUGGGAUUGGUCGAGUCAGCAAGCAUGUCUUGGUGCCAGUUUUCAACUGUGUGGAACUGGUGGACAUGAUGGAAUCUUUCCUCCUCGAAGCCCAGAACUACCUGCAGGUCAAAGCGGACAAGGUAGAAAGCUACCACUGCUACAGCCUGCAGGAAUUCACACCCCCAUUUGGGAGAUACGAUGUCAUCUGGAUUCAGUGGGUCUCCGGGUACCUAACUGAUAAGGACCUUCUUGCAUUUCUUUCCCGGUGCCGAGAUGGCCUGAAGGAAAACGGAGUCAUCAUACUCAAGGACAAUGUGGCGCGGGAGGGCUGUAUCUUCGAUCUCUCUGACAGCAGCGUGACUCGGGACAUGGACAUCCUGCAGAGCCUCAUUAGGAAGAGUGGGCUGGUGGUGCUGGGCAAGGAGAAGCAGGAGGGUUUUCCAGAGCAGUGCAUUCCGGUGUGGAUGUUUGCUCUGCACAGUGAUGGACACUCCUGACCAGCACUGGGAAUGAUCUGCUCGACUGGGCA